AACUAGUAACAGAAGGCUGACGCGCUGACGUAUCGGCAUUUAGAGAGAGAGAAAAUCUCUUUAUAUAUGUUGUGUGGUGUCGGUCUGUGAGGAGUAGGAAAUAAUAUACAAAAUCAAAGGUUAAGAAUAAAAAUGGGUGAGGAGAAGAAUCAGCAGCACUUCGUGCUAGUACAUGGUGCAUGCCACGGCGCGUGGUGCUGGAACAAGGUUAAGCCGCUUCUCGAGGCCUCCGGCCACCGCGUAACCGCCUUAGACCUAGCUGCUUCGGGUAUAGACACAACCAGGUCUAUCACUGAGAUCUCCACAUGCGAACAAUACUCUGAGCCAUUGAUACAGCUAAUCGCCUCAUUACCAAGUGAUGAGAAGGUUGUGCUCGUUGGUCAUAGCUUUGGAGGGUUCAGCUUAGCCAUGGCCAUGGAUAAGUUUCCAGACAAAAUCUCUGUCUCAGUCUUCGUGACUGCUUUCAUGCCCGAUACCAAACACUCACCAUCGUUCGUCGUGGAUAAGUUUAAACGGGAUACGCCACCAGAAGCAUGGUUGGGCUCGGAGUUCAAAUCAUAUGGCUCAGACAAUUCCGGUGUGUCAAUGUCUUUCAGCACUGAGUUCAUGAAGCACGCUCUCUAUCAACUUUCUCCUGUUGAGGAUAUUGAGCUUGGAUUGCUUUUAAAGAGGCCCGGAUCAUUGUUCAUCAACGAUUUAUCCAAGGUGGAGAACUUUUCGGACAAAGGGUAUGGAUCUGUUCCUCGAGCUUACAUUGUGUGCAAAGAGGACAAAACAAUUACAAAAGAAAUUCAGUGGUGGAUGAUCGAUAAUUAUCCGACGAAAGUAGUGAAGGAGAUGGAGGACACAGAUCAUAUGCCAAUGUUCUGCAAGCCUCAGUUACUAAGUGACUAUCUCUUGGAAAUCGCGGAAAAAUUAGCUUAAAUUAUCUUGUUAUGAAAAUGUAUUUGGAUACAAAUAAGUGUUGUCCUGCAAAUGGGUCUUUCUAAAGAUCAAGACUUUUAUCGCGUUCAAAUGUUUGACAUAAUUUAAAAUAAACUUAACAGUCAA